AGCAGCCACAAUCCCAUCCAUCUCCUCCUCUCUCUCCCACUCUCUGUUCAGUUCGCCCGCCUACAGUUUUGCCUCGGCUUCUCCAUCUCUCAACUUCGGCUUGCCUGCUUCUGUGCUGCCUCUCCUGCCAGGGUUUGGUCAAUUCUCUCCAGUCACGUCAGAACAGUUUAGCAUCCAGUAGCUUGCGAGCACUCGCCCUUUGAACUAAUCUGCGAUUGUUAUGGAGGACAUCUGUAACUCGAACGCUUUGAUUCUCCAGCAUCUUGCCGCCGCUUCAUCCCAAGCGAAAAUCCAUAACGCGUGCGGAGGCGUAUUUUCGGAUUCGAUGGCGUCGCAUACGAACCCAGCAGUUAUGGCAAACUACGCACUCGCCGAUCAGCUACGCCGAGCUCAGUUGGCCGCCGCCGCUGCAACUCGUCUAACGCCCUCCACCGUCCCCGCUAACGCAUCAGCCGCUGCUCUUAUCGCAGCACAGCAGUCCCUGUCUGGCUUAGCAGUGGCCUCUUCCAUGAAUCCCGCGCAGCAGCAGUGGGAGCAGCAGCAACGACAGAUGCUGCUGCUGUUGCUGCAACAGCAGCGGCAGCAGAACGCCCAGCUCUACAUGCAUCGGAUGGCCUUGCUUUCCUCCGCGUCCAACCACUGCAGGAUGCAGCAGCUUCAGCAGAACCAGCAGCAGCAGCAGCAAAUCACCGCCAUCGCAUCCAUGAUAUCCACCCUCAAGUCUUCCAUUAACAACGCAGCCGUUCACAUCGACUCUCCCGCCGCGUCUCCCGCUGCCUCUGAAGGCAUCUCCAUAGCAACCCCCGACUUGAACUUAGCGUCGAUGAACCUCGCACCGGUCUCGUCGGCGUACGAAGACUCCGCUGAUUCCGGCGCGUCUCCCACGUGGACGUCGCCUCGUGCGGUCCACGAGUUUAGCGCUUCGUGGGGAUCUGACCACGACCACGACGCCUACGAUUGUCACGAGGAGAGUGCGGUUUUCGAAUCCGCUGGCGUUGCCGACUCUCCGUUGACUGGCGUGCCUGCGCUGCUUCCUUUGCCAUCCGAGGAGGAAUUCGACUCGCAUCUCGUCGCCGUGCAGUCUUCUUACGUGGACCAGUAACUCCUUCCGCGUGCUUAACGAGCCCGCCGACAGGCGUUGCUGGCUCCCUGGCGAACCUCCCUGGACGAAGCAGCCAGGGUUGUUGUAUACGUACAGCCGUUACGGAUUACCUUCUGUAUGUACGGUGCGCUUUUGGUGUCGUCGAAGACACUGGUGGCUGAUGAAUAAGUGGCAUUCUCCGUGCCACAUCUGGUAAUUCUUGACCAGAAUAAGAGGCGGCUCAUACGGCCGCCUUUGGAUGAUAAUAAGCUGCUCCGAGCUCCACAGGGCUUGUGGCUGUAGUCAGCGGAGAUAGGAAGUUUCCACUGGUGGCUGUUGUUACCUUUCUUUGUACGCCUUUUAGCCUUGUUGUGUUGUACUGUCCUCCAUCCUGUGUACUGCCUUCUAUUCCAAUGUAUCCACUAGUCGUCUUUGAUAGAGGGGUAGUUCAACAACAGAGGAGACGUCCGCCCUCAGAUUGUGC